AUUCACUUCCCCGGCCGCUGCACGGUAUACAGAUAUCUUACACUGUGGCCUCUAGUGAGUCAUCAGAAGAACCAGAGAAAGCAUUGCCUGACCGUGCCUGACUUUACGUCACAGGUCACAUGCAUCAGUGUAAACAUUGGUCAUUUAGCUAGCGAAUAUAAGUUUAAUUCCUGUCAAGUAGAUUCAGUAAAAUAUUAGUUAUAUUAAUUUUUUCAAUAUGUUUAACCUAUUUAAGAAAGCUCCAACCCUUAAAGAACAACAACGAGAUAAUGACAGAGCAUUAAGGAAAGUCGGCAGAGAUGUUGAAAGAGAUCGCAGGGAACUGGAGAGGGAAGAGAAGAAAUUGGAAAUGGAAAUUAAAAAAAUGGCAAAAGAAGGAAACAAAGAAGGUUGUACAAUUUUGGCAAAACAAUUGAUUCAGCUGAGGAAACAGAAGACCCGAACCUAUGCUGUCAACAGUAAGAUAAGUGGCAUAGCAGCUCAAAACAAGACAAUGGGUGCUAAUAUCAAGCUUGCUGAUGCAAUGAGUACAACUGCUAAAACUAUGGGUCAGAUGAAUGCUUUAAUGAAACCUGAAAAAAUAGCAGCUGACACUAAAGCAUUUAGUCAACAAAUGAUGAAAUUAGAUAUGACAGAUGAAAUGAUUAAUGAUACCUUGGAUGACAUGCUUACUGAGUCAGGUGAUGAAGAAGAAGGGGAUCUUAUUGUGCAACAAGUGCUUGACGAGAUUGGUAUUGAAACAUCAGGUAAAUUGGCAGCUGCUCCUGGACCAGUUCGAGGAAAAUUAGGAGAAUCUUCACGAGCAGCAGUAACUGAUGAUGACAUUGAAGCUCAGUUAGCAAAACUUAAAUCCUGAGCUGAUUCUUGUUAGUGAAAAUUGGUGCUGCUAUGAUUUAUGAAAUACCUUUUUGAUAUGAUGUCUAUAUACUAAGAAAAACUAUUUUUUCUAUGAGUUGCAACAUUGCUUCGAGCAAACAUUGUGCUUCAACAUUUCCUUGUGACCAAAAAAUCUUCUGUAUAAUUAGAUCUGAGACUAACUGCAAGAAUAGAAUUUGUCAUAGAGAAGAGACAGUUGUUCUUGUGAGUGUAUUUUGUAUAUACGUUAUUAAAUGGUUGUUUGAGUGUUUAAAUUUAUUUUUCUUUUUUAAAUCUAAAUGGAUGUAUGGAUAACAUUAACUAUAAUAUUUUUGGUACAAAAGGAAACGUAAUGAAACACUUAAAAAUACAAAUCAAGGAUAUGAUAUUUCCAAUAAUAGGUUAAUGUACCUUAAAAAUACAUUACAUAUGUUUUUAAAAAAAUUCUAAUCAAACAGAGGAAGGAAACGCCCAAAGGGAUCAUUCUUGAUAGGCAAUUGCUGAAAGUGUCUACAAUAUUCAGGAAGUUUUCCAUGAUUUAAAUAUAUGAGAAACAGUCAAGCUUAGCACAAUAAUUGCAGUUGAUGAAGAUACACGAGGGUGUGAACAAUAUAAGUGUCUUUUAUUUCUUUUUACUCUUUCAUACCACUUGUAUAGUAAAGCGAAACUAUUUGCUGCAGUGACUCUGGUGAUUUUUCACACAAUAAUCCAUGUUGUUGGUCACUGAUGAGUGUGGAUAAAAGUUAAAAUGCUUGCUCCUAUGUAUAGUGAAUUACUUCCUCCAAUAUAAACGAUCCAAUUGGAAAUGCCUUUUUGAAAGACUAUAGUCUUCUGAAAUCUGGUGAUUUGUCAUGGUAUUCCAAUUGAGAAUAAACACCAAUAAAUCAACUCUUAGUAGGGGAAAGCCCAGAAAUGAAGUAUAUUGCAGGAAGUGUAAUACAGCAACAGAAACCAUGAACCACAUUCUGGGUCAGUGCACUUUUAGUAAGCCAUCAAGAAUACAUUAUCAUAAUAAGAUGUGUGUGGUGUCCAGAGUUUCCUAUUGCUGAAGAGAUUAGACUCAAACCUGACCUGUAAUAAGUUGAGAAGAGGAUAGGGUAGAUUGGGAAUUUUUUCUAAGGAUUAUUCAAAUUAUUCUGAUUUGUUGCAAAUGAAAGUGCUUUUUCCCCCCAUUUUAUUGUUUUCUUUUUUAAUUUUUUUUUACAAAAUGCAGAUUCUUAGACAUCAAACUUGAACCAAGAAUCCGGUUCUGCUGAAAAUGGUCUUCUUGUCAAACACAUCUUAUAACAAUAUCUCAACAAGUUUAAUUCAGUUUUUGCUGCUUUUUUACUCACUAAAAUGCUAUUUGUUUUCAGAAUCUUGCUUUAUGGACUCCUUCAAAUAUUCUGGGGGCUAGUUGUAAAACAAGGUGUUUCUCAUGUUUCCAUGGCAUAAAAUUUAUUUUGACUAUAUUCAGCUAUAUCUUUUAUUUAUAUAAACCUGCUCGCUGAUUCCAAAUUCGUACAACUGGGUCUGAAUCACCCGCCAAAUCUGCAAUGGAUUUGAUUACGUCCGCAAAUAUUAUGUGUUUAAAAUAUAUAAAAAAUAAAAAUAUGUUUUUAAUUUUUUAAUUAUAUUUUUUAAAUAUAUUUUAUAUCACAUUUACAAUGUAUUUUAUGUCAAUGUUUGAGUUUUUUGACAAGGAAAGGUAAGGAAAAAAACUGACUAUUAGGUUUAACCCUGCAACUGCACACAUGUAUAUUUUGUUACCUAAACUGCGUACUGGGGUCACACAGAUGCCAAAAAUAGUUCAUGUUACAAAAGAUUCAGAAAAUUAUGGAUGAUUCAAAAGUGUGUUACUAUUUUAGUUUAUUUUCAUUUGAUAAUGCAAGAAAGCAAGGAAAAAAACACAAAAAUGGAGUUUAAAAAAUAAAAUUUUUUAAACUUGUAAUCUUUCUUCAGAUUCAGAUCAAAUUUUAUUGAGAUCAAAUCAGAAUGAAUGGUACCCAUUGAAAUUACAUCACACAAGAAUGCAGAUGAAACAAAAAUGUUAAGAAUUCCCUUUGUUACAUCAGAUAGAUAUCAUCAUACAUCAUAAAAAGUUUACAAUUUCUAUUUUAUUAUUUGUGUGCAGAACAAUGAGAAACUACACACUAGGUUCCAGUAACUCUAGUUGCACCACUGAUGAAUUAGCUUCUAUUCUUGGUGAAGUAUUGUUACCAACUAAGACUAAGAAGUUCGAGAGCAAGCUAACUUUAAUUCAAUUUUACAUGUAGCACUAUGCAGCUGACAUCAUAAGUUUCUUCUGGGUGUGACUUUGAAAUGUUUUGGGGGUCCAAUGGAUCUCAGUGUGCAGUUCUGAGGCUCUGUAUUUUUCCAAUGAGAUAUUUAUGGAAACCAUAUUUUAUGUUAGGACAAAUAAAGUAAAUUGGAAUCAUU